CAUUCUCUACACUCUUCUUUUUAAUUUCCCUAUAUAUUAAUUAUUAACUCCUAAUCUUUCUCUGUAACUAUGGAUGGAAGGAAAUUAGAGUACAAAGGUGUUGAAGCACUCAAGGAGAUAGAGAGGCUAACUCUGAAGGCCGGUGAAGUUCAAGAACAAAUUUUGAGAGAGAUCUUGACUCAGAAUAAGAAUACUGAAUAUUUGAAGAAGUAUAUAAACGAAAAAGAUUUAAGCAUAACCGAGUUUAAGAGGUGUGUUCCAGUCACAAUUUAUGAAGCAAUAUUUCCGUAUAUUGAAAGAAUUGCAAAUGGAGACGAGUCUUCUCUCAUCACUGGUCACCCUGUAACAGAGAUGUUAUGCAGUUCAGGGACAUCAGGUGGAGAACCAAAGAUAACACCAUCAAUAGCUGAAGAUCUUGACCGUCGUACCUUUCUCUACAACCUUAUCAUGCCAAUUAUAAAUCAGUAUGUUCCUAAUCUUGAUGAAGGGAAGGCAAUGUUCCUAUAUUUUGUGAAGGCAGAAAUGUCCACCCCAUGUGGCUUACCAGCAAGAACAGUUCUCACAUCUUAUUACAAGAGCAAGCAUUUCAAGUGCCGGAGUCAUGAUCGGUGGAACGACCUUACUAGCCCAGAUCAAACCAUCCUUUGCACCGACACGGCGCAAAGCAUGUAUUGCCAGAUACUAUCAGGCCUUAUCCAACGGCAACAAGUCCUGCGACUUGGUGCCGUCUUUGCCUCAGCCUUUCUCAGGGCAAUUUCUUUUCUCGAAUGCAAUUGGAAGAUACUCACGGAAGACAUAAGAACUGGACACCUUAACAACUCAAUUACUGACCCUAAUUGUAGAUCUUGCAUGACCACAUUGCUAUCAUCACCAAAUCCAACCCUAGCUGAUGAAUUGGUUAAGGUUUGUAGCGAAAAAUGUUGGAAGGGAAUUUUGUGCAAGAUUUGGCCUAGGGCAAAAUACAUAGAAGCAGUGGUAACAGGAUCAAUGGCCCAAUAUGUGCCUGCUUUGGAUUAUUAUAGUGAUGGGAAAUUGCCUUUGGUGUGUACAAUGUAUGCUUCAUCUGAGUGUUACUUUGGGGUUAAUUUAAGGCCUUUUUGUGAUCCAAAGGACGUGGCAUUUACAAUAUUACCCAACAUGGGGUACUUUGAGUUCAUACCUCUUGGACAUAACGGGACAUUGUUGAUGGAUUUUGAUGAAAAGAAGCAAGUGCCUAAUGAGAAGCUUGUGGACUUGGUUCAUGUUAAGCUUGGUUGCUUUUAUGAGCUGGUCAUCACUACCUUUGCUGGACUGUAUAGAUAUCGAAUUGGUGAUGUGGUGCAAGUAGUUGGAUUCUACAAUAAAGCACCACAAUUCCGUUUCAUAUGCAGAAGAAACGUAGUCCUAAGCAUAGACACUGAAAAGACAAGCGAAGAAGAUCUCCAUAGAGCUAUAACCAUGGCUAAGAAGCUUUUAGAACCUCACGAUGCUCUCCUACUUGAAUACACUAGCUACCCGGACACUUCUUCUCUUCCAGGGCAUUAUGUUUUGUACUGGGAAAUCCAAAUUCUCCAUAACAAUAGCAACAAUAACAAGUAUUUUAGUGUUAUUGAGGAAUGUUGCAAUGUAAUAGAAGAGGAGCUGGAUUACGUGUACCGUAGGUGCAGGACCAAUGAUAGAUCUGUGGGACCACUUGAAAUACGUGUGGUUGAAGGAGGGACGUUUGAUUUGUUGAUGGAUUUGUUUAUUGCUCAAGGUGCUUCAAUUAAUCAGUAUAAAACACCAAGGUGUGUUAAGUCUAAGAAAGCACUUAAGUUGCUUAAGUCUAGGGUUCUUGCUUCUUUCUUUAGUACUAGAGAUCCCAAAUGGGCACCUAAGAUGUGUUGA